GAAGAUAUUUAAUGAUGAAACAGUCCUGGUACAGGCGGCACGGCAGUAAACUAGCACUCAGCUAAAUGCCGGUAGCAACUGACGACAUGGACAUAACUAGAGCUACACAAGCCAGGACUUGACAGUUCUACUGGCGAGUGAGACGAUAUGCGCAGAACAAACGUAAGACAAGUUAGGCAGACUAGACGACGUUACACUGGGAGGGUAAUCACAGGGAACGAGACACACCUGGGAAACAAUCAACGGGGAGGACAGGACAGAGACUCACAGUUGUCUGCUGACACAAGAUGGCAAUGCUAGCAGUUUGGACAGUGGUCCUGCUAUCAUUCAGCUCCUGCAUUGGGGCUCCGGGACCACAGCAGAAGAGUUGUUCGUUCCCACUGGAUUUAGCUCCACACUCUGUUGAUGACAUGUACAGCGGCUGCGAAGAUGAGAUGGAAGAAAAAGUGGCCAGUCUGCUAAAUACGGAGAAAAAGGGUGAAUUUAGAACGGCUUGGCGUGCAGCACAAAAAUACUACAACAAUAAAUGGGAGGCCACCACCUCAACGCUGAAGAAAGAACAAAUCAUGGCUAUUCACGCUUACACCCUGGAAAAACCACCAAUAUACGCCGAGUUCAAUAAGGCGGUCCGAACGCAAAGCUCCGAGUACAAGACCACAUUUCAAUAUCACGCACUUCACUUCUACCUCACCAUGGCCCUACGCUCCCUCAAGCCCAAUGCAGCAGAGUGUGUCACCACCUACCGGAGAACCAACUGCGAAUUUGAAAUAGCCACCGAAGCGAAUAGAGAGAUUCGCUUCGGUGGCUUUACCUCCAGCUCAGUGGGUUCUUAUGCUUCUCCUAAAUUUGGCGAACAAUCAUGCUUUGAGAUUAUCACCUGCUUUGGAGCAGGCAUCUCACAGUUCUCCAUGUAUGAAUCGGAAAACGAGGUCCUGAUCCCUCCGUAUGAGGUUUUUAAGGUAACAGACAUACAGAAAAGAUCUGGGGACAAUUCCCUUCCAUGCGAGGUUGUCUACAAACUGAAGAGCACAAAAAAACGACGUUCCAAUUUAAACUGUGCUCUCUCUAAAGAUUGUCUGCCGGAUUAGUGAUGAAAUGUCCCAAUAAAUACAAGCAGCAUUGUUCCCAAUUUUAGUUUUUACACAUAAGUUUGAUUUGAAAAUAAAGGAUUAUCGUUUCAAGCAUAA